UUGGAACUCCAAAUACCAUUUGCAUUUUUUUCGCUUCUACACACAGUACCGUUUUUCAGCCCCAAGUAUCCAUGCAUCGAAUUUGAGCGUUCCAGUGCUGUAUGCGGUUCCGGCGAAACAUCGCUUAUCUAUCGUCAAGUUACUUACCGCGAACAAAUGAACACCAUAACAAGUUAUAUCGACGGUUCUGGAAUAUACGGGAGCACGGAGGAAGAAGCACAUGAACUCCGCGAUCUCAAUACGGAUCAAGGCUUGCUAAGGUACCAGUUCUAGGU